AUGUCCACCGAUCGACGCAUCAAGGGGCUCAAGUUGAGACAACGGAGCUUGAUGACGUCAUUCAACGCCAUUGCGAAUUUCGUCGACGACUUCGAUGAAGAACGCGAUGCCAUCGAAGUGCCAGUUCGCCUGGAGAGCAUCAUCAAGCUCUGGGCGGACCUCAACACAGUUCAAUCGGAACUGGAAUCGCAAGAUGGCGUGAAUCUGGAUGAGCAGCUAAAAAUGCGGACGGAAUUUGAGUCUGCCUACUACCGGACCAAGGGAUUUUUGCUGGCGAAAAAUAAAAAUUUUGUUCCGAGCGUCUCUAGUUCUCCUUCAACUAGUCGUGGCCCUUCGUCGUCAUCGCAGGUGCGCUUGCCUGACGUAAAACUACCGGUCUUUAGUGGAAAUCUGGAUAGCUGGUUAAAUUUCCACGAUUUAUUCGUUUCGCUGGUCCACUCGUCAGUAGAACUUUCCAACAUUCAGAAAUUCUACUAUUUGCGUUCGUCAUUAUUGGGUGAGGCUUUGAAGCUGAUUCAAACCAUUCCACUUAGUGCGAACAAUUACAUGGUGGCUUGGAAUUUGCUUAUCGAACAUUUCCAAAACCCAGCGCGUUUGAAACAAUCGUAUGUCGAUGCACUGUUCGAGUUCCCGUCGCUUAAAAGAGAGUCUGCUUUGGAGUUGCAUUCGCUGGUGGAGAAAUUCGAGGCCAACGUCAAGGUCCUUCAGCAGCUAGGGGAGAAGGUCCAAUACUGGGACAUUCUACUGCUUCGGAUGCUUAGUAUUCGCCUCGACCCGACAACGAGAAGAGACUGGGAGGAAUUUUCGACUACGAAGGAUGCCAUUUGUUUCAAGGACCUGACGUCAUUCAUCCAACGUAGGGUCACCGUACUGCAGAACAUCCAGAGCAGUACGGUAGAUGUCCCUAUUUCCGGCCAAGUGAAGAAGCCUUCUCAACGACCAGUCGCAAGUAACAAGCAACGGUCAACGCAAGGAAGUGCAUCGUCUGCAACAGUCAUCAUCCACUCUACCAAUGCGCGACGUUUUCCAAGAUGA